CUCACACAGUUAGUUAGUGGCCGCUUUUAGAAUGGAUCUGUUGUUUCUUAGCCGCCGCAUUUUCCUCGGCGAUGGCGGACAAGAGGGACUCAUUCAUGGCGGUAUUAUAGUGGACACAGAGGGUAUUAUCCGAAGGGUCCUUCGUACCCCCCAGGAGGUCAACACCUAUCUGUACAAUACCGAAUCCGAGGCUGUCUAUGAUUUCGGUGACCUGUUGCUAAUGCCGGGUCUCAUCGAUCCAAAUGUUCACAUCAACGAGCCGGGUCGCAAGGAUUGGGAGGGUUUUGUGGCAGCCACAAAAGCGGCAGCUGCCGGCGGCUUUACCACGAUUAUAGACCGUCCCACGAACGCCACACCGCCGACCGUUAAUGUGGCCGGUCUGAAGGCCAAAACCGCGACGGCACGUGGCAAGAUCUAUGUGGAUGUGGGCUUCUGGGGCGGCCUAAUCCCCGGAAAUGGAGAUCAAUUGAUUCCCCUCCUCGGUGCCGGUGUCAUGGGACUGCAGUGUUCGCUCUCCGGUUCACCGGACCCCGUGUCCGGAGAGUUUCCCGCCGUGAACGAGAAACAGCUCGAGGAGGCACUCGACUUGCUAAAGGACGAAGACGAGGCAGUUGUAGCGGUACACGCCGAAACACCUGCCACUAAACUGGAGGCUGAGACGGAGACGGAGACGGUGGCACCUCGGGAGUACAAGACAUUUCUGGGCACGCGUCCGCCCCAAAUGGAGGUGGCCGCCGUGGAGAUGUUGUGCCGGCUGAGCAAGCGGCACCCCCGGCGUCGCAUCCACAUCCUCAACUUGAGCAGCGGCAAGUGCCUGCCCCUGGCAGCGGAAUGUCGCCGAAGUGGCGGCCAUCUUACCAUCGAAACUUGUCCCCAUUAUUUGGCCCUCGGGGCCGAGGAGAUACCAGAAUGUGGCACGGAGUUCAAGACAUGGCCGCCGAUUCGCGAACAGUCCAAUCAGGACCUGUUGUGGCCGGAACUGAAGCCCGGCGGCGGUAUCCGGAUAAUUGCCAGCGAUCACUCACCGGCCACGCCGGGCGCCCGCUGUCUCACCUGCGGCAGGGGGCGUGGCAACUUCUUAAAGGCCUGGCCGGGCAUUAAUUCCUUGCAACUCAGCUUGCCGGUGGUUUGGACAGCGAAUCAUCAGAGGAGCACGGAAGGUAAGGAGUCUAUAUCCCUGUCGGACAUCCACCGAUUAAUGUGCCUGGAACCAGCCCUCCUCUGCGGCCUGUCCGCCUUCAAGGGUCGCAUCGCCGAGGGCUACGAUGCCGAUUUCUGUGUUUGGUGUCCCGAGGAGGAGUUCACCGUCGGUCCGGAGUUACUUUUCACGGCCACCAAGGCCACGCCCUAUACGGGCCGGCGGCUGAGGGGCGUGGUGCAUGCCACAGUGGUGCGGGGCCUGCACGUCUACCAGCAGUUCGAGGGCUUCGGCCAGCCCCUGGGUAAGGUCCUGCUGCGGAAGACCAGCCGCAAGCUGGUCAAGUUCGUGAGGAUGUGAGAGGGUGAUGGGGGGGGAGGGUAGAGGGUAGAGUAGAGUCCUGGAAUCAGGCAACAGAAAUUGGGGUAAACUUUGUUAAUUAAAAUCAUUAGGAUAUUGAGGGGCUGUGUGUUUUGAUUGCCCUUUUUCUCCCAGAGAUACCUUACUUCCUUCCACCAUAAGUUUGUCAAUUAUAGAAAAAAAUGAUUAAAAAUUAAGUUAUUUCAAGGGUUUA